CGGUCGCCGGAGCGCUGGUCACGUGGCCGUUUCAAGAUGGCGGCGCCCACCGCGACCUUCCGCUGUCUGCUGCCGCUGAGUCGCUCGCUGCGCUCUCGCCCCGUCGCCCUUUCCGUUCGACCCUACGGUGUGCGAGUCUCCGCCACCGGCGAACUGGUGACGCACACGGGACAGGUAUAUGACGAAAAGGAUUAUAGAAGAGUUAGAUUUGUUGGACGACAAAAGGAGGUGAACAAGAACUUUGCAAUUGAUUUGAUAGCGGAGCAGCCUGUGAGUGAAGUUGAAAGCAGAGUGAUAUCGUGUGAUGGUGGUGGUGGAGCUUUGGGACAUCCUAAAGUAUACAUCAACUUGGACAAAGAAACAAAGACUGGAACAUGUGGCUACUGUGGACUUCAGUUUAAGCAGAAGCAUCACUGAAAGGUUAUCCCUGCGUGACUGCAAAUUUCUGCUCAGAUGUUAACAUCCAACUAUAAAUAAACAGUGUAUUUAGA